AUGGACGACAACAUGGAGUUGAUCUCCAAUCCGCAGACUGUGAUUGCAGAGGAGGACAGAUGGGCAGAGUAUGAUGACCAAGCCUGGGUGGCCGCUGCCAACAACAUAGUAGCAGCAUUGGUGCGGACCAAUGGACUUCUGGAGCAGGGUAUCGCAGCAGCAGAGGAAAGCUGGGCAGCCAUGGAUAGGUUUGUGGAGGAGCAGAGGACUUUCCAGGUCUUGUUCCUGGAAGGGAUGUGGAACGGCUUUCACGCGGAGGCAGCGAAGGAGGAGGUGGAGGGUGAUCGUGGUGCUGGAGUGUUCGGAGAUAUGGAGGUCCAGAGGAAAAAUGAGAAGCGGAUGUUGCCAGUAGAUCCAAGACAUGUGGAACAGAGUCCACAGCGUGAGGCAGAGAAGUUGUGCUGCAAGAAACUUUUUCAAUCAUUAUCAAUACUCAUAAUGUCUGCUCCCCAAAACUUCUUUGCCAGAAUGUCUUCUGAGGAGCUGCAGGUGUUGUUAGCUGCGGUGAGGAAGGUGGAGGAGGAAAAGGCUGCUGCGGUGGCUGAACGGGCCAGAAGGGCAGAGGAGGCAAGAGUUGCUGCGGAGGCAGAGAGGGUUAGGAUGGCGGAGGAAGCACGCAGGGUAGUGGAGAACAGAUGCAAGUGGUGCAAGGCCACCAGCUGGACUUGCACAUGGGGGCUGGUGCGGGAUGCACUAGCCAAGACUAAGGGCAAGGCCAGGGCCAAGGCCAAGGCCUGCAACCAGUGUGUGGGCCUGAAGGCCUCCUGUAGGGUUGGCGGAGGGGAGCUGCAACCAGCCGCACCAGUGAAGAGUUGGAAAAGGACAAGGGAAAAGGCGACGGAGGCCAGGGAAGGAGUGAAUGAGGAUGCAGGCGGGCCUUCCUGGAGGAGGAAGGUAUAUGGAGAGGAGGAAGCCAUAGCAGAGGUCAAAGACCAAGAGUGGGUCAAGGCUGCUAACAAUAUGGUUUUAGCACAGGCAGAGACAAAUGCCCAGCUGGGGGCCCUGGCGAUGGCCAUAACCCAUCUGGUGGAGCAGAUGGAGCUGCAGCAGGUGGAACAGAAGGAGGAGAGGGAUGAGGCCCAGACAGAAGGGAAGGUCCUGAAGGAGGUCCUUGGGAAGAAGGCGGAGAUUGGGGUGGACCUGGCAGAAGUGCCAGAGGCUGGGAAUAGUUCUUCCAGCAGUGACAUGGAGAAACUGGAGGGAGAGACAGAGAGCAAGGCAGAGAAGGGGCCUAGUGAGGCGGAGUUGGAGUCUCAGCUGGAGCCAGAAGACUCUGCAGAAAUGGAGAGGUACCGGCGGAGAGAUAAGCUGAAGACCGGGUUUGCCAGCAGGUGUAGGGUUCGGAACUCCAUUCCGGAGCUCCUAGCAGGCCAGAGUAACUGGUUAAUCGGAUAUUGGAGUGCGGAGUUCUGGUCACGUGAUGGGGUAGUUGGAACGGAAGUAGCCAAAAACGCCCUUGCUUCUGCAUGGCCUGGUUUCUUCUUUGGCAUUGUCACAUAUUUGUUUUUGAGGAAACCAUACAAAUUCCUCCUGAUGAAAAUCUUGUCAUGGUGUUUCCUUCCCAGUAAGGAUGGGAACAACAUUGAGAUGUUGAACAUGGAGAGAAGGGUACCUUCAGACGAGUUUGAUAUGUUCUUGAUAUUUCAUGAAGUCCCUUCUAGCAAUUUCGUCAUGGAGAAUAUGGAGAUAUUAGGACAAUCUGGAGUAGAUGGAGAAGCAAGAUGGAGUUCUUUCCUAAGGGAAGACUCCCCAGAAGGCAGCAGAGCAGAGGAGGAACGGAAGCAGAGGUGGAGGAGAGCCGGAAUGGGAAUCAGAGGAGGAGUGGUCGGAGCAGAGGAGUAUAGAUUUAGCGGUGAGAUGGGGUAA